UUUUUUAAUGUGAGGACUCAUUGUUUGCAAAGGUUUGACGACGAUAAUUUAUGAUUCUGCUCCAUUUUAAUGAUGACUGAGUGAUUCUGAUGAGGUCAUCAAAGGCACUUUAGAUGGUCAAUUUGGUGCCGUUCCCAAAUUACACUGUUGGCCAUGGUGGCGGUUUGUGACGCCAUUCAAGAGUUUGGCUGGCCUACGUCAUGAAGGUUCAGCCAAUCAGAAGUCUUGCUGUGGCGCUCGAGAACGAGAGAGAGAGAGAGAGAGAGAGGGCAUGGAUGAGAGCCAGCGGAGCGUAAACUCAGCUGGAAUUUCUUUUCUCUCUCCUCAGUCGUCCUCAGCUCUCACUGCAAGCGCAGCACACCAACUCCCCUACCCAAACAACAAAAAAAAAAACGUUUUCUCCUCCAGUCCAAUCAUGUUUUGGUGUCUCUGCGCCAUCCUAGCUUUAGCGGCCGACGCGCAAAAUACCGGCCGCUUCGUGGUGGGCUGCCCGGCGCGCUGCGACAAGUCCAUGUGCCCCCGACCUCCAUCGUCCGACUGCCCGGCGGGACAGACCCUCGACGCGUGCCAGUGCUGCCCGGUGUGCGCGUCCGGCGAGGGCGAGGCGUGCAGCGGCAGCGGCAAACUCGGCGACCCGGUAUGCGGAGAGGGCUUGGAAUGCUCCGUGUCCGGCGGAGUGGGCUACACGGCCACCGUGCGCCGGAGGAGUAAGACGGGAAUUUGCGCGUGCAAAGCCGCCGAACCCGUUUGCGGCAGCGACGGAGUGUCCUACCGGAACAUCUGCGAGCUGAAGAGGGUCAGCCGCCGCGCUCAGAAGCUCCAGCAGCCGCCGGUGAUCUUCAUUCAGCGCGGGGCCUGCGGGAAAGCUCAGGACAACCCAGACAGCCCGAGACACAAGUACAACUUCAUUGCGGACGUGGUGGAGAAAAUUGCGCCAGCUGUGGUUCACAUUGAGCUCUACCGCAAGAUGACGUACUCCAAGCGCGAAGUGGCCGUGGCCAGCGGCUCGGGCUUUGUGGUGGCCGAUGACGGCCAGAUCGUGACAAACGCGCACGUGGUGGCCAACAAGCACCGUGUCAAAGUGGAGCUCAAGAGCGGCGCCAUCUACGACGCCAAAAUCAAGGAUGUGGAUGAACGCUCCGACAUCGCCCUCAUCAAGAUCGAAGCGCCGACCAAGCUCCCCGUGCUGCUGCUGGGCCGCUCGUCAGACCUGAGGCCGGGCGAGUUCGUGGUGGCCAUCGGCAGCCCGUUUUCUCUGCAGAACACCGUCACCACGGGAAUUGUCAGCACCACCCAGAGGGGGGGCCGGGAGCUCGGUCUGAGCAACUCUGACAUGGACUACAUCCAGACAGAUGCCAUUAUCAACUACGGCAAUUCUGGUGGGCCGCUUGUUAAUCUGGACGGGGAGGUGGUCGGAAUCAAUACAUUAAAAGUCACUGCCGGCAUUUCCUUCGCCAUUCCCUCAGACAAGAUUCAGCAGUUCUUGGCCGAGUCGUAUGACAGACAGUCUCGAGGCACGGCAGCUGCGAAAAAGAAAUACAUCGGCGUGAGGAUGAUGACUCUCACUCCAGCCCUGGCCAAAGAGCUGAAGAGUCGACAUCGAGACUUCCCUGACAUUACCUCUGGCGCUUAUGUCAUGGAAGUCAUUGCAAAGACGCCAGCUGCAGUCGGCGGCCUCAAAGAACACGACGUGAUCAUCUCCAUCAACGGCAAGAGGAUCUCCACGGCCAACGACGUCAGCGCCGCCGUCAAGAAGGACAAAAGCCUCAAGGUGGUGGUGCGCCGCGGCAACGAGGACGCCAUCCUCACCGUUGUUCCUGUGGAGAUCGACCCCUGACCUCUGGAACUGCAGCUAGGUUCUACUCGUUCACCGUUGGACUAUGUGGUGGUUGUGUGUGUGUGUGUGGGUGGGUGUGUGUGUGUGUGGGGGGGGGGGGGGGGGGGGUUGGGGAUUCUAUGGACACACCAUCCUCCUGUGAGUUGCCAGAUUCUGGAACAUUCUGGCGAUAUGCCUUGAAAAUGAGCGACUGUACGGAAUGCUGUAAAAAGCCAUACUGUACUUCUUGUGUGUGUGCGCGCGCGUGCGUUUUCACGUUUUUUACUCUUUUUGGGUCACCACCAACAAACAAGAAGCUGUUUUUUGACAUUUUAUUUUAUUUUUUUAAUAUUAUUGCUCAGUCAGGCCUUCCUGUGCACUUUUGUAGCUAUAUCGAGACUCGCUGAGCACAUCUAAUGUGUAUAAUUAUUGUGUUCUAACCUCUUUUUUUAUUGGAACAAAAAAGUACUGUAGUAGAUUUUGUUGGUUUCGUGACGUUGGACGGGAAUAAAUUUUGUUUCGCCUUUCA